UACUUCCUCUAAGUGUCGGCUGGGGGAAAACAACAUCAGACAACCCCUGCCUGAAGCUAAAAAACAUCAAAUACUCCGUGUCCUUAUCAACUGUAACAUUGCGAAACAUAUUUCUUGUAACGUGUAACUUGUUGAGCACAAGAUGCCUCAGAACGAGCACAUUGAGUUGCAUCGCAAGCGGCACGGGUACCGCCUGGACCACCAUGAAAAGAAAAGGAAAAAGGAGAGUCGAGAGGCUCAUGAGCGCUCCCACAAAGCCAGGAAGAUGAUUGGUUUGAAGGCCAAACUUUACCACAAACAGAGAUUUGCUGAGAAGAUCCAGAUGAAGAAGACCAUCAAAAUGCACGAACAGAGGAAAACCAAGCAGAAGAACGAUGACAAAACUCCUAAGGGUGCAGUUCCAGCUUACCUGUUGGACAGAGAGGGACAGUCCCACGCAAAAGUCCUUUCCAACAUGAUAAAACAGAAAAGGAAAGAGAAAGCUGGGAAAUGGGAGGUGCCCCUGCCAAAGGUUCGAGCUCAAGGAGAGACAGAGGUGCUUAAAGUCAUCAAGACUGGAAAGAGGCAGAAGAAAGCUUGGAAGAGAAUGGUCACAAAAGUGUGCUUUGUUGGAGAUGGCUUUACACGCAAACCUCCAAAGUAUGAGCGCUUCAUCAGACCCAUGGGCUUACGUUUUAAAAAGGCUCAUGUCACACAUCCAGAGCUGAAAGCAACAUUCUGCCUUCCCAUCCUUGGGGUGAAAAAGAACCCUUCCUCUCCCCUCUACACCUCUCUGGGGGUCAUCACAAAGGGAACAGUGAUAGAGGUCAAUGUCAGCGAGCUGGGCCUUGUAACGCAGGGAGGAAAGGUCAUCUGGGGUAAAUACGCCCAGGUGACAAAUAACCCAGAGAACGAUGGCUGUAUAAACGCAGUUCUGUUGGUAUAAGACUCGACCUGUCUGGUAACUCUUUAAUUUUACUUCAGGAGCAUCCGUUCUAUCCAGAUGCAUCAAAACUGGAUUGUUCUGAAGCUGUGGCAAGAUUGUGCAACAAAACGGACACUUUAGUAAAAUAAAAUUACAGUUUGAAAUGAAUAAACUCUGAACGACA